CGGACUGCGUUGCGGGUGGUGGCGUGCGUGCGGUCUGCAGUGUUCAGCCCGGACGACUUCUCGUUCAGCGAGCAGCAGCAGCUAGCGGCGCAGCAGGACCAGCAGCAGCAGCAGGAGCAGCAGCAGCAGCAGCAGCAGCAGCAGCAGCAGCAGCAGCAGCUGCAGCAGCAGCAGGCGCAGUUCUGGGACGCGCUGAAGAAGCACUUGGGCUCAGUGGCCCGCGUGGCCUCUCCUUUGAUUCAAAAAGUGGCCGAAAAGUUCGGCCCCGAGAUCGCCAAGUUGGGCAAAAAAGCUGCGCCAGUUUUCGCCCAGUCCAUUCGUUUGCUGCUGCGGGACGCCUGCACGGAGGCGGAGGCCAAGGCCGGCGUCGAGGCCCACGCGGACUAG